CGGGCCCCGCUCCCUCCGCGCGCGCUGCCCGGAGCGAGAUCGCAGCCGCCGGCGCCCUCAGAGGCGGCCAGGACAAGCGCGGCGAGUCCCCAGGGACCUGCACACAGAGCCACCGAGCGACACCUCCAGCAGCAACAGGCACAGAGUGAGGUCUGAGCACCCCUAUGCCGCUGGCUGGUGCUCCGGCUGACCCUGUUACAAGCCCUCCGGCUGUCGCUAUGACAUCCACCUGCACCAACAGCACACGAGAAAGCAACAACAGCCACGCGUGCAUGCCCCUCUCCAAAAUGCCCAUCAGCUUGGCUCACGGGAUCAUCCGCUCCACUGUGCUGCUCAUCUUCCUUGCAGCCUCUUUCGUUGGUAACAUAGUGCUAGCGCUUGUGUUGCAGCGUAAGCCGCAGUUGCUGCAGGUGACCAACCGCUUCAUCUUUAACCUCCUCGUCACUGACCUGCUACAGAUUGCGCUUGUGGCCCCCUGGGUGGUGGCCACCUCCGUGCCUCUCUUCUGGCCCCUCAACAGCCACUUCUGCACUGCCCUGGUUAGCCUCACUCACCUGUUCGCCUUCGCCAGCGUCAACACCAUUGUCGUGGUGUCCGUAGAUCGCUACCUGUCCAUCAUCCACCCUCUCUCCUAUCCGUCCAAGAUGACCCAGCGCCGUGGUUACCUGCUCCUCUAUGGCACCUGGAUUGUGGCCAUACUGCAGAGCACACCCCCACUCUACGGCUGGGGCCAGGCUACCUUCGAUGAGCGCAAUGCCCUCUGCUCCAUGAUCUGGGGGUCCAGCCCCAGCUACACCAUCCUGAGCGUGGUGUCCUUCAUGGUCAUCCCACUGGUUGUCAUGAUUGCCUGCUACUCCGUGGUGUUUGGUGCAGCCCGGCGGCAGCAUGCUCUGCUGUACAAUGUCAAGAGCCACAGCUUGGAGGUGCGGGUCAAGGACUCUGUGGAGAAUGAGAACGAAGAGGGAGCAGAGAAGAAGGCCGAGUUCGGGGGUGAGAGUGCAUUCCACAGCCAGGAUGAAGGUGAGGUCAUGGAGGGCAGCAUGGAUGCUGAAGACAGCAGCAUGAAAGCCGAGCAAGGAAGCGUGAGGACCAGUGAGGGAAGCAUGGAGGGUAAUGAAGGCAGCGCCAGAGGGGAAGAGAACAGGAUGAAGGCAAACAAGGGCCAAGCAGAGGUCAACCAGUGCAACAUCGACUUGGGUGACAUUGACAUGGACUUUGGUGAGGAUGACAUCAAUUUCAGUGAGGAUGAUGUUGAAGCAGUGAACAUCCCAGAGAGCCUCCCACCCAGUCGUCGUAACAGCAACAGCGACCCUCCUCUGCCUAGGUGCUACGAGUGCAAAGCUGCUAAAGUGAUCUUCCUCAUCAUUUUCUCCUACGUGCUAUCCCUGGGGCCCUACUGCUUCCUAGCAGUCCUAGCCCUGUGGGUGGAUGUCCAAACCCAGGUACCCCAGUGGGUGAUCACCAUAAUAAUCUGGCUUUUCUUCCUGCAGUGCUGCAUCCACCCCUACAUCUAUGGUUACAUGCACAAGACCAUCAAGAAGGAAAUCCAGGAUCUGCUGAAGAAGUUCUUUGGCAAGGAAAAGCCCCCCACAGAGGAUAACCACCACGACCUGCCUGGAACCGAAGCUGGCACAGAGGGUGGGAUCGAAGGCAAGAUCGUCCCUUCCCAUGAUUUUGCUACUUCGCCUUGAAGUUAGCUCUAAGGCAAACCUUGAACUGUUCACAACACAAAAACAAGAGCAGCUUUCUUCUCAAUGGACCACCCACAAUCCCAUUAAUACCAAUCCAUACCAUUUCAGGCAAAGGUAUUGCUCACACAUCCUUUUCACCACAAGCUACGUAAAUAUGUGGAAAUGGUAGGAACUGGGGUAUUCCCUUUAAACUGUGCCCCUCCAAGCAUGGACUUGAGGAUUCUGACUGGAAAUUUCCCUUCAAUGAUUAUCAGGCUCAAAAUUUCUUAAGGCAACAAAAGGGCUAUCCAUUUUGGACCUGUACUUGGUACUGACUGUCGCCUCAGAGCUGCAACAUGCCAGUGUUAGCUCUGAGGGAAAAGAAAGAUGAUGCCUGGGAACUUUAGGACUUUUCAGCCCUCAGGUUAGAAGCUUAUGGAGCAGAGAUACAGCUUUUAUGCUCAACCGAAAGAAAAGCAAUGGACCAAAUCAUUCUGGAGCCCAAGAAAACAGAAGCUAAUGGAUUGAUCAACAUAUGAACCAAAUUCUGAACUGGAAAGCCUCACAAGCUGGUGCAAAGACUAUCCUGCAAACUAAGACAAAGGGCAUUGUGCAGUAUACCAAGAAGGUUUCUAGACCCCCUAAAGGGAUCCAGAAAAGGGGAAGGGCAUGUAUGAAAUAGGAAGUUAGUCCAAGGGAAAAGAUAGAGAAACAUCACACAUCCAUGGGGCUAACAGUUGACUCUUUUUCUAUAAAAUCCUGGGUUGAUGUAUGGGUUGAGACUGCAAAUGGAAAAUUGUCAAUUGACACUAAAAUAUUUUCUGUCUCCUAUUUGAAUAAUAGUGGGACAGAAAUCCUGUCACUAUUUUUGAAUUUCCCCUUUCUGACUGGGAGUCUCAGAAUUCUCCAGCUCUCUGACAAUCACUUAUGGUUUAUUUUGUUUUGUGAAAUAGGCCUUUUUUGGUCAAAUAGUAUUUUCAGAAAAAAAAAAAAAAGAAAUUCAACUAGAAGUGGCCAAAUCCUACAAAACUCACACUACCAAUCGAGAGCAAAGUGACCAUCAGAAAUAUCUUUUGGGUCUGUGAGAUCACAGGCAAGAAAACGGGAUGGUUUCACAAUACCAGGCAAACAUCUGACCUAUUCCAAACAAGCCUAAAAUCAAAGGAUUCCACUCAAACAUGUCCCAAUUAUUACCGUUGAAAUAUAGCAUUGUGCGAAAACCAUUACAAUAUCUAAAUUAUCCCUAGGGUCAAUACAUAGGAAGAUUUUUCAAAACCCAAACCCUGACGUCACUUUGGACAGGGAUAUACCUGUGUAUUUCUAAGUACACAGGCCAUAUCUACAUGACCAAAUAACAUGGAACUGAAAAAUAGUCAAGCCAGUGUUUAUGGUCUUCCUGAAGACCAAAUUAAAGCAACUGUAUAGCCAACCAACUGUUUGUACAGAAAUCCACUUUUAAUAUGGGUGGAGGGAGAGAAAGCAGCAUUUGGUGGAAAAUGGUUAAUCAAGUGGUUGUGUGAUUACCAUGUCUUUAUCAGAACUCAAAUUCCAUUUAUAUAAAUGCCCAGCUCAUUUAUAUUUUAUCUUUUCCUCCUCACAGAUUCCAACAUGAACUUCUCAAGGGGGAGCGGUAAACAGCAAUGUUAUGGGGCUGUGAAUAAGUCCACAUGGGAAUUUAGGAUUUCCAUGAUCAGAAUUUAGAAAAAGAGAGGGGGUAGAAGAAAGCAAUAUCAAGCUGACUUGUCAAAUCAAUAUGUCCACAAAAACCCCAUUCCAAUUCCAUUCAUUUGGAACUUGUGGUAAUUCAGACAGGGCAUAGGGGCUGAAGUUUACCCUUGCACUACAUUUAUUUUUCUACAGAAAUGUAUAAAGUGAAUUAAUAGUCAUGAAUUUAUUGCCGAGCUCUUGUACCGACCUGUCCUUAAAGGAUAACUGGGUGGAGAGAUGGCCUAUGGGAUGGAUCCUCCUAUGUGGGGAGGGAUAUUGCCUUACAAAGUCUGUCACGGUCAAAAGCAUUUAGGGUAGCUAUAGCUUGUCCUUUAGGUAGAAAUGCUUACCUGGAUAGGAAACCAGAUUUCAAAUCUAAGUGUCUCCAAACAUUUUGUUAAAACUGAACUUCUUGUUUUAUUUUUAAAGCUCAAUCCCUUCAAAGUGUAUCAGAGAAAAUUGUUUGCCAAAAUCCCAAAUCAAAAUGGAAGCAGACCUGUACGAGUAUGGUAAGUCCAUUGAACCGCACACACAACAUUCUCCAGGGGAACCGAGACUCGCUGCUUUCCUUUUUUAAGUUCCUCUUUUCCCUAUUUUAGUCAUUGUCCAUUAUUUUGGUAAAUUGGAUUCUUCAAAGGUGAAGACCUUUUGAAAAUAGGAGACUGGAAAAGAGGACUUUUGAAUUAAAAGCAUUCUGCUUUGAUGACAUUUUCUUCUUAGUGAACAAGAGCCUCUGGUUAGCUUGGAGAUAACAACUACUUCAAAUUUUGUGCUAUUUUGAAUAAAGCACUAUCAACUUAAUGAGGUUUUACUGCACAUACUGUUUUGUCAUUUGAAAAAUCUGAAAGCACACAAAAAAGUCAUCAUUAGCCUCACAGAUCCUCAUGUGCAAUAGCUUUCCCUAAAUGUUUAUAAAAGAUAUAUUCUUUUGCCAAGGCCACUUCAUAUGUGCAGUAAAAAAUCCCAUUAAAGUACAGGGGCCAGACAAACCAGACUUUGAAAUGAUGUAGUUUUAAAUUUAAUGAUUUCCUUAUUUAAGAAUAAUAGAACAUCUUGCUUGCCGUGGAGUCGCAGGUGCUUUGACUAACACACCAAUUUCAACAAGCUUGGGAAGACAGUAAUAAGGAGCCAGCCCUGGGCUUCCGUGACUUCUAUGAUGCGAGGGUCCAUCUCUAAGACACCACACAUGCCAACUGCUAGGAAGUCCUGUGCACUUCCAGCUCCCUGCCUACCUCUUGCCAUCACACCCACUGCCUUCACCUGCCUCACUCCCACUGCCUCUGCUAUGCUGGCCCUCCUGGAAUAGUCCCUGCUUGAAGCUCUGUGCGCUCCGCACUCCCCAUCCAUCCCUUCCCAACCCAGAGCUGACAGAUUUAUAGGGACCUGGGGCCCAUGGAAGCAGGGAAAGAGAGAGCCAUAGGAGUGACCAGCAAUUAAAAGUAUCUUUCUGUCUCCUCCCCAACUCCAAUUCAAUUUAGAGAUGAUGGAAUACCUACUUCAAAUGUAACAGGUAAGGAAAAGUGCCAUUUUAUGAUUUAGGAGGAAGUAGGCCCCUCAUUUCUUACCAAAAAAGCACCUGAUGAAACACAUCUUUCGGGGGGGGACACAAUUAUUUCAGGAAAAAAAGCUAAAGAAUCUUUUACUUAUAAAAUGAUAAGGUGCCUAACAUUGCCUUAUUUUAUACAUAAUUAGCCGAUUAAGCUAGUAUUCAAAACAUUUUUUUCAUGCUAACUGAAAAAUAAUUUACAUGAUUAAACUAGGCUUUCUUUCUUAGACUUUACCAAAAAGCUCUUAAAAGUGUCUGAAACACAUCAUUUGGAAGAGAAAAAAAAAUUAUUCUUCAUUUGGUAAUUUGAACUAAGAUAAAACCCUCAGGGGUUGUUGGUAUAAAAUUAAAAAUAACAAUAUAAAUGACUAAACUGCAUUUUUCUCUCAUAACCACUGUAACCCUGUAUUUUGAGAAAAAAAAUUGAAAGUAUUUUCCCCUCAUGUCUUUUCUGUUGUAUUCCUCUUUAAGGCAAACCCCAAGCUGUCAGAAGAGGUUUCUCUAAGCAAAAUGUCCUUUCCUGCUAGAGCAGGCAAAAGAUUAUAGGAACAGUUGGCUGCUAGCCAGUUGCCAAGAUAAGGAGAGAAAAUAUGGUCAGUCAUGGCUUUUAACCCUCUCCCUCCUUAUCUCUGUCUCUCUCUUAUUUUCUAUGGGCUGGACUGGUGCUCUAGGCCCUGCAAAGCCCUUCUAAGCUUAGGCAUGAGGAGACAGAAGCAAUGAGCUGGAAACAGCAGACUGGAGCCUAAAACCCCAAAAGAAGAGAAACCCUCAUUAUACAUUCUUUUCAAUUAGUUAAGAACAAUCUCUUCCUCUACUGCAAAUGCCCAGCUAGCCUAGAGCAGUCUUCUGCUAUAAGCAACUAAACUGACUAGAGGAAGAAACAGGAGAGCUAAAAUCCACUGAACUUGGCCACCGACUGCCACUUUACUGGCAAGUUCAUUGCUCUUUGUUAAGUGGAAUAAGAAUCCUCAAGAUAAAUGAAGCUUGCCAACAGGAGUUAGGCAUUUCCAUCAUUGCCUCCCCAAGCCUCCAUAUCUCAGAGUACACACACCAAGGGGAAACCACAGUAAGAUGCACACUCUACAAGAGGCUUGCUAUGUCUGAGGAUUAUUAUAUCUCUCUUGUUCUAAAAUAUAGACAAACACAAGAUUGGUUUUAGUUUGGUGCUUCAAAUUUGAGUGGAUUUUCUCCCCUUUUCAUCUGUGAUACAACUUUAGUGUUUAAAGUUUGGUAUUUUUGUCUUGUUUUAGUGGUGUAUUCCUUUUUGUAGUUAUUCUCCUAAAUGUAAGCUGUAACUGUAUAUAAAAUGUAAGUGUUCCUGGAGAUAAGGUGCUAGAUAUUAGAUUAUAUGUGUUCGUAGAUAGUGUUAUCCUCAAAAAUGGGUAGUCUCUCUUUCUCUCUCUCUCUCUCUAAAGUUAGUUAAUAAAAUGCAUGCAGAAUUCUGUGUGACCCACAUCUGGGCCAGUUUCUGAAGUAGAACAUAGUACAUGUGUUUUUUAAAUUUCAUUUUUAAAGUGUAUACUACAGGAUAUGUAAGAUGGCUUCAAGGUAGGGUGGUGGGAAAUGGUGCCUUUCAAUUCCUUAAAUCCCUGGUACAGUAUAUUAUAGGGGAGAAGUUAUUUCGAUACAGUUGGUCAUUAGUGUGAACUAAUCUUCUUGGCUGAAGUUCUCGCUGGCAGUUCUCCAUGACAAACUUGGCGCUGGUAUGCCUGUUUUCUAUUCACUCAAUGUAUAGAAUGCAAACUCAAAGAAGACGAUCCUUUCCCCAUUCAAAAACAAGGACCCCAGAAUAGGCUAUUGGAGUCCAGUUAAUGGGAUGAAAAGCAAACUGCACUCUGAAGACCCAACCAGUACCUGACCCGGAACUGACAGGAUUCACAUUUAGCAGAUCCACAAUAUAACCCAGAGAAAGGCUGCCCUGUUUUUUUCUUUGAUUAGUUGUCUGAGAGAUAAGAUGGAGAACGGAUGGGCAGCUAGAUAGAGAGGAAAUGGGACUUCUCUGGGGGUCGCAGCUAAGGAGUUUGAGAAUUAGAAUUAUAUAUCAAUGGUAUUUGCAUCAGAUAAGAAAAGAGAACUGUGAGAUGAAUUUAACAUAGAUCUUAACAACAAAAUAUUACAACUAGAAAACUAAUAUGUAUAUAAAUACACACAUACACCCUCAUUAAAUCAUUUCUAAAACUGCCUUUAAUACCAAAUUUAAUGUGCUGAGACUGAAAACAAUAGAAAAUUGGGUUUAGUCAAUAAACAGUUCUCUUUAAUAUCUUAAAUUUUGAAUCUGUAAGUUUCAUUUACCUUUUAAAAAAGGAUUUGUAAUUUAAAAGUGCCUUUUCAAAGGAUUGUCAAACUAUAACACAAUCCUGGGGCCCAGUUCCCAUUGGCACAACUUACCUUCAGGUGCACAAGAGGGGUGGGUUUUAUCCUCCUCCCCUCAGCAAGAAGAGAAACCCCCUCAUACACCAUUUCAAAUUCAUAAAUGAAUACUGUUACAUGAGUCAGUAGUUCCAGAGACUCUGCUCAAGGCCAAGGUUUCAUAUAUGGGUUGGUUUUGAUUGGGUACUUUCUAGAAUGGUUACAAUGCAUUUUUUCUUGCUGACAGGAAUAAUGGACUCCUGCUGAGGAAUGCAGAGAUAUGUUUGUAAUUUAAGUAUUAUUAAGUAAUGCUUGUGUUUCUUAAAUAGGUGCUGUUAAUCUGUCCUUGGUAUAUUCUUCUUAAAUAUGCUAAAUAAAGUCAA